UGAGAGGUCCUCUCGACUCCUCGGGCACAUAUGGGCCGGCGAGAAACCAUCUUCAGGCUCGCCAAGGGCUUCCGCGGCCGCUCGAAGAACUGCUGGUCGCUCGCGCUGCGCCGCGUGCAAAAGGGCCUGCAGUACGCGUACGCGCACCGCCGGCUCAAGAAGCGCGAGGCGCGCGCCGUGCAGAUCCAGCAGAUCAACGCGGGAGCGCGCGAGUACGGCAUCUCGUACUCGCGACUGAUUCGCGGCCUGUACCUUGCCGACAUCGGGCUGAACCGAAAGAUGCUCUCGGUGCUCGCGCGGCAGGAACCCUACUCGUUCCGGGCGAUCGUGGAGGAGGCGAAGAAGGGGCUGCGCGUCAGCGUCCUUGGCGUGGAACAGGUCGACGCCGGCAGCGGUGCGCAGCGAGGCGCGGACAGCUGACGCCAAACCGGGAUGGUGGUGCAUAUCUCGAGGCAUGACUAGUGCACAGUGUGUGCCGUGCGGCGCAAGCACGGAGGGGUGGACAGCGUGCCGCGGCCCCGCUCUUGGGGGCCUUUGGCGUCUUUGAGACGCAUACUGUGUCACGGUCUCCUGGGUCCUGACCACUCUUCCACCACUCCGCCGCCCGAAAAUCAUGUCGUUCGUGCGAGCUGCGACGUGCGGGACCGUCGCGCGACCGCGAGCCGCGAGGCGCGUCGGCUUGUGGGAAGCAGUAGUGACCAGUACCAGUGUCCGUGUUGGCGUCCGCCGAGU